GUUGGAGAGAAAAGGAGUAAAAAAAGCAGCAGCACUUGGGUUUGCCAGCGGUCCUGCGAGCUCGUCCAACAUUGAUGCGGUUCUCUUUUUUUUCUGCCCGUAUUCUGCGCUUUGCACUAGCCAGAUUUCCCCCACCCACCCCUUCGUCGCAGGAGUGUGUAUGCAUGUGUGUGUGUGUGUUUGUGUGCGCUGCACUCUCUGAGUCUUCUACAGGACUCAAAGAUCUAAGAAAACACUUAUAACGCUUUGCCAAGGAUUUUUUCGCCUUUGUUUACAUUUGUUUUUUGGGGUUUUUUUGGAAUGCAAAAGUGUUUAUUUUGAGCAAGGCUUUUCUAGUUCAUUUUUUGUUUCUUCAUACCCACACUAUUUUAUUUAAUUUUUUUGUUAUUUAUUUAUUUUUGCAGUAAUUAUUUUGUCAGCACUUUUGCCAUCUCAUAAUUUCACCUGGAACCAUUUCCCGCAAAGCAAAAAGAAAUAUUUUGAAACACAUUUUCCGAUCUUGAAAUUAACUUCUUUCCGCCGGCAAUUGGAGCUUCUCCAGUUUUCUUCCUCCUUUGCCCAAGUUUUUUCUCUCUUUCCAAUUCUUCAUCCCUGCCAAGCCAGCAGUUGUUUUGGCGCAAGUGGCAAAGAACUGGUGCGGGUGGAUUUUUUUUUCUAUCCUGAACGGCGUGCCAAAUUUAUGAUGAGAGUGCAAAAUGGAUGAAUUUCAUCCCUUCAUCGAGGCUUUACUGCCACAUGUCCGCGCCUUCUCCUACACCUGGUUCAACCUGCAGGCCCGCAAGCGCAAGUACUUCAAGAAGCACGAGAAGCGCAUGACAAAGGAUGAGGAGCGCGCUGUCAAAGACGAACUGCUGGGCGAGAAGCCCGAGAUCAAGCAGAAGUGGGCGUCCCGACUGCUCGCCAAGCUCCGCAAAGACAUCCGCCCGGAGUUCCGUGAGGAUUUUGUGCUCACCAUCACAGGAAAGAAGCCACCGUGUUGUGUGCUGUCCAACCCCGACCAGAAGGGCAAGAUCCGCCGCAUCGACUGCCUGCGGCAGGCGGACAAAGUCUGGCGUUUGGACCUGGUCAUGGUGAUUCUCUUCAAAGGAAGUCCUCUGGAGAGCACAGAUGGAGAGAGACUGGUCAAGUCCCCGCAAUGUUCCAAUCAUGGCUUGUGCGUACAGCCGCACCACAUCGGAGUGUCCGUGAAGGAGCUGGACCUGUACCUGGCCUACUUCGUUCACACGCCAGAAUCUGGACAAUCAGACAACUCCAACCAACAAGGAGAAGCAGAUAUCAAGCCUCCGCCCAACGGGCAUUUGAGUUUCCAGGACUGUUUCGUGACGUCAGGUGUAUGGAACGUGGCCGAGCUUGUCCGUGUGUCACAGACACCAGUUGCCACUGCAACCGGACCCAACUUCUCUCUGGCCGACCUCGACAGUCCAGGAUAUUACAACAUCAACCUGGGUCGCCGAUCUAUCACGUCCACACCAUCGACCAGGACUGAGAUGGAGUUGUAUGCCAGUCUCCCGCGGAGCUCCAACAAGCGUAAAUCGAUUGAUGACAGUGAGAUGGAGAGCCCAGUGGAUGAUGUCUUCUAUUCGGGUCGUUCUCCAGCCCCGGGAGGGUCUCAGCCCAGUGGCUGGCCCAAUGAUGUUGAUGCAGUGCAACACCAUUUGGCCAGUAUGCAGGAGAGGAAGAUAAAACAUGAAAACGAUGGCGUGCAGUUUCCUUACCAUGGGCUCUCGUCGCCUGGUUCUCUUAAGAAGCCGGGGAAAUUCGAUUUCAGCGCUCUGUCCGGCCAUACGAGGUCUGCCCGCAUGCCGUUCACCCAUCACCCGCUGCCCAUGCUGGCAGGUGUGAGACCAGCAGGAAGUCCCCGUGCCUCAGCUUCAUCCCUUCACUUCCCCUCGCCCUCCAUCAUUCAGCAGUCCAGCCCGUAUUUCACUCACCCCACGAUCAGAUACCACCACCAUCCGGGCCAGGACCCGCUCAAGGAGUUUGUGCAGUUUGUGUGUGCCGACGGAUCAGGACAGGCUAGCGGCCAGCCGAACGGGAGCGGCCAGAGUAAAAUGCCGGGCUCCUUCUUACUGCCUCCACCCCCCCCUGUGGCGCGUCCAGUGCCCCUCUCAAUGCCAGACUCUAAAACCAGCAGCACGCCCCUCGAUGGCGGACUCACCUCACCCACAUCUCCGUCAUACUCCUCGCCAGGCACCACAGCUUCCAACAGGUUUGUCAGCAUCGGAUCACGGGACAACAACUUUCUGAACAUACCCCAGCAGACACAGUCAUGGUUCCUUUGACGAGGUCCUGUCUGCAACCAGUCAACACUAUUUGAAAAAAAACAAACAAAAGAAAAACAUCCUAUUUGAAAAUCCCCCUGACCCUCUUCUGACAUCAAAACAAACCCUAAUAAACCUUAGCAGAAUAUUAUUGGGAAACGUUCAACCCUUUAUCUCCCAAUCGUCAGACACCUGUCAACCCCGCCCCGCCUGCCUCUGUUAAAAACUUCAGGAUCACAACACGAGGUGAGGGAUCUUCUCUCAAGAAACGCCGGAACACAAAUGGCAACAUUAAGGAAGAACAUGAUGAACACAAAUGGAAACUGUUACUUGGAACGAGGAUGUAGUAUACAAUGGCUGGGAUUAUCAGUUUCAGUUGUGAGGAUUCACAAAGAACAAAAACGCAGGAUUUUAAGAAAUUAUCAAACCAAUUUUUGUUUUGUUUUCAACACACUUAAACAUGCUGACUUUAAAAAAGAGACAACACUAAAAGUGUUAUUCCUCCAAGCCCUAUACAUUCAGAAUUUUCAAUCAGCAUUCAGCGUCUUCAUUCCCUUUUUGCUUUUGCAGACAAUUUAAGGUAAAUUGCUAAACAAAAAAUAUUAAAGAGAAAUCAUAACAGAAGUAUUGCACUACAAAAAUGCGAAGAACACUAGUUUGAUGUGCACUAUUGAAAAUGGUAUGGAUGGCGAACAUUAUUUGCACAUUUAUUGCGGAGAAAAAUGAAAGUGACACAACGCACUAAUGCUACCCAGAAAUUCUUCGUUUUUAGGCGCACGCCUUCAUAGGCAUGAAUAGAAAUUGAUUGAAUAAAAAAAAGUAAAGUUCAGGCCCGUUCACCCACAGUGCCAACUAGACAUCGUGAGAUUUUAGUUAGCACUCCUAUAGGAUGAGUAAUGCCAACAACAAACAACACACACUUACAGCCAUAUGUCCAAGCUACAAUUAAAUUUUUUUUAAAUUUGGGAUUUUUACAUUUUCUUAGUAAAAAUGUUUUAAAAAAUCAGUUUCAUGCACCCCCAGCUAAUCAUUCCAUUAUUUCCAUUUCCUAAUUUGAACCUUCUCUUUUAAUUGAAGCAUUAUGUAUGAGCUACACUUUUUAAACUGUCUGAUUAUAAAAGAGAAUUAAGAACAUUUUCUCAGGAAAAAAAAAUAGUAUCAAAAUCAAUUUAUUACAGCUCCCAGGAAAUCAUUCCUUUAUUUGAUUUUACCAAAUUUUCGAACUUCUCUUUUAAUCGUAGCCUCGUGCCGUGUUGGGUAAGUUACUAAAAAAUGGUAAUACACUACAAAUGACUAAUUACUUCUAUAAAAUGGUAAUCAGACAACUUUACUGAUUACUUCCUCGAAAAAGCAAUAAUUUUCCAUUUAUGUUACUUUCUAAAACACUUCACAGAACAGUUUUUGUUUUUCCAGCAACUUAAAUAAGAUGAUGCGUUUCUCCCUUACAAUGACUCGUAAUGGGCCAAUCCAUCUGUUGUUACAGAAGAACAUUCUAUAUAAUUCUAUAUAUUCUAUAAAAAUGAAAUUAUUUUUUGAAAUGUGUAACUAAACUAAUGUACUUAAAAGUAAUGAUUAGGGUUAGGGUUAGGUGGGUUAGUGUUAGGUUAAUUGAAAGUUAACAUAACAGAAGCUUCCAGUACAUAUAGAAAUACCUAACUUAAUUGAAAGUAAGUACCUGUAAUCUGAUUACUAGUAUUUAAAACGUAAAGUGUUACCCACCUUUUUUGGCUAAAAAGGUCAUUAGAUUACAUGAACUCAUUCAUUUGUAAUCAGUUUACACCCAACACUGGCCAUAUAUCCGCGCAACAAUUUUUUGAAAACGAACAAACAUAUUUUCCCGGGAAAAAGUCAUAUCAAUUCAAUAUCUUACAACCCCAAAUAAUGACUCAGUUAAUUUCAAACUUUCUCUUUUUAUUGCUGGCCUGUUUUUAAUUCAUUUCUCAAUUGUAGUGAGGCAUAAUACACCCAUUAGCGCUAAUAAAGAUGUCCCUAGUGACACGCCCACCUCUGUGUUUUGUUUACUUAUCUGUUUACACUCCCAGAAGUCCUUGUUCCAAGAACAAAGUACGACGCUGCGGAGCAAAAGAAUGUGUGACAUAUCAUAGCCGUGUUCAGAGGGAGGUGGGCCACCCCGGGGCCGCUUUUAUUAGCCGUUACUUUUACUAUUCAGUUAAAUAGUGAUGUUUCGGCAUGGCUGUCAUACACACACAUUUACACACAUUAUCCUCCACAGAUUGACCUCAAAGGGAAGCCUUUACAGUAAAUAGUCAGUUAGGGCAAUCUUCAACUGCCAGUUGAUAGAUAUUAUGAGACAUGGCCACAGGUCACAUCACUAAAAACUUUUUAUUUUCAAUGCAACUGCAAUUAAUAACCUCACAAAAUAACUGGACUGCCUGACCAUGUAUUUCACUGCAGGGAAGCAUUGUUGCCGGAAUGGCGGCCACGCUAUCAGUUUGGUGUAAAACUAAUGCAAGAAUCAUGAUGGCAAUGGCCUUUUCUUUUCUAAUCAAAGGAAGUGCCUCUGUAUUCCCAUUAUGCAAUUUGUUAAGCAUGAAUUCAGGUUAUUUUCUCGCAUAUAAGCUAUAGAGGAGGGUGAAAUUUUUAUGAGAAAGAAAAAGAAAAGCAAGUGUCAGCUCACUAGUUACAAACAUCUUUAUAUAUACAGGAUAUAUCCAUAUAUAUUUAUAUAUACAUUUUUUUUUUUAUUAUUAUUAUUAUUUGCCUAAUAAGCUCAGUGGCAGUCUAGUUAUUUUUUGAAUUAUGACAUAAUCAUGAGUUAUCAUAAAUCAGAUAUUAGUUCAGAAAUCCCGAAAACCCAGUUCUGCACUUGAUAAUUAAAGUGAAAAUAGUCUUCAGCAAAACCGGCGGAAGUAUGAUUUCUGUAGAAAACAUUAUAGAUAGCGUAGGAACAAAAAGCACGGCUUUUGAUUUGUAUUGUGUUUGGACAGGAAGUAUUUGUUAUUGCGAAAUAAAGUGUGUUGAUUGAGCCAUGUGCAAUGCCUUGGGUAGAAACUGUGUUUGUCUGAUUGUUAGGGUGUACAGGAAUGCGUAGAAGUGAAAAAUCCUUCUAUUAUAGUAAAGUCCACGCUGUCCGGGACUCUAAAUUAAAGGGCAGAGAGCGCACGAGAGAAAACGGCCUUUGUAAGUUUUGGGAAUGUUUUUGUUUUGUUUUUUUUUAUCUUUACUUUUCUGCUUUCUAAUGUUUAUUUGUAAUGAUUUGUUCUCAAAACUUAGGAGGGCUGAAGAAGCAGUUUUUGCGACACGUCGGAAUAUAUCACAAAAUAAAACAGGUGCUUUUUAUGGAUUAAAGUACAUUCAAUCUCUAUUAUACAUAAUACAAUGAACGUAAGUGUUAUACUACAAAGUUUAGGGAAAAAAAAAAUUAAUUACUCCUUUUUCCCCUUUUUGUAUGUACUAUGGGGGGAGGGGUUCAUUUUUGUCAAGGUUGUGACAAAAGGCAUUUUUCCUCCAACUUUUUGCCGAAGAAAUCGUCAGCGUUGAUAAACAACGUCCUAAGAGGUAGUGGCUGAGGUUUUACGAUUUUUAACUUGCUACAAGACAUGACGUAUAUAAUGAGACAUCAUACUAUGCAUUCCAGUUUUGUAGGACUUCCAUGCUUUGGAUCACCCAGUAUCACUGAAUUACAAACCGUUGUUGUUCUUAAUGAACUUCGCGCUCACGGCUGAAACUUUGCUGCCUUUUUGUACGUAGAAAAUUUCUAACUCAUCAUAAAGUAAUGACAAGAUCUUCCCUGUUUAUGGGAGAGGCUUUAAUCAAGCUAAACUAAAUUGGCUAGAAACUACGCAUGAGUUCACAGAGAUGGGCAUGAUGUUAAUUUUCAGUAGCUACCUUAUAUGAUCAGCAGCUGUAGUUGAUAAACGGUGAAUCUCAAGAAAGCAGUUUAUAUAUCACUCUGAAAGAAAUAAGAAAUUGUAUUUUGCAUAAAGAAAAUUCAUCCUAUUUUAGGACAUUACUGUUUUGACAAUAAAUAUUAUCAGUAGAUUUUUUUUCCGCAUUACAGUAAUGAAAAUUGUCGAAUGUGCUUAAUUGGCAAAAUAAAAUCAUCUUUAUUAUUUAUUUUAUUUUUUUCAUUUUUGAAGUGAGAUAUGAACCAGACACUUCUCACGCCAAACAAAGUCGGCAACCGAUCAAAAAUACAGUUGUAACGAAUGUAGGUAUAUGUAAAGAAUUGAACCCCUCCCCCUCUGAACCCACAGCGCCCUCUACUUGUCCCCCGUGUAAAUGAUUCUAAAUAUUUGUUUUGUGAUUUAGUGUUAGGCUCAGAGCAUCAUUAAGGUUGUCCCUAAAAAGUGCCUUUUGUUCACAGACUUCAUCUUGUAAUCUUGAGUGCCCAUCAAAAAAAAAAAAAAAAGAAAUUAAAAAAAAAAAAAAAAAAAAAGAAA